UCCGUGAAGGAACUGCCGCACAGCCGCCACCCCUGCGGACGGACAGCUUUCCCGUCGUCUAUCUGUCAGAGCAAUAAACAACUGCGUGCAUGCACGGCCGCCGGAGUAGCCAUUCUGUAAAUACCACGAUAAAACAAGCAACGCAUACCUCUCAAUCGCGGCCUGAUGAAGGAGCUCCGCCCUGACUGACUACGGGAGAUGGGAAUACUCAGUAUAACAGACCAGACCCCCCUGGUUCAGGCCAUCUUUAACCGGAAUGCAGAUGAAGUCAAAGCAUUAUUGCACAAGAAGGAGGAUGUCAAUGUGCUGGACCAAGAACGUCGUACACCUCUGCACGCUGCCUCAUGCCUCGGUGAUGUUUAUAUAAUGGAGCUCCUCAUUAAUUCAGGUGCUUGUGUUAAUGCUAAGGACCACGCAUGGCUGACUCCUCUGCAUAGGGCUGCUGCAUCACGAAAUGAAAAGGCAGUGGAUUUGCUGCUGCGGCAAGGGGCAGAGGUCAACGCACGGGACAAGUCCUGGCUGACAGCCCUGCACGUGGCGGCAGCUGGUCGCGUCGUGCGCUGUGCGGAGGCCCUGUUGCCCCACUUGAGCAGCUUGAACCUGGCUGACAGGAUGGGAAGGACAGCCCUACACCAUGCGGCCCACAGUGGCCAGCUGGAGAUGGUGAAUUUGCUGCUGAACAGAGGGGUUAAUCUCAGUGCCAUUGACAAGAAGGACAGACAGGCACUUCACUGGGCAGCUUACAUGGGGCAUUUGGAAGUAGUAAAGGUCCUCGUGGUUCGUGGUGCCGACGCGGCCUGCAGGGAUGCACAGGGUUAUACCCCACUCCAUGUUGCCGCUGCCGCCGGCCAGGUUGAUGUGCUCAAGUACCUCCUCCAGCUCGGGGCUGAGAUUGACGAGCCGAACGCUUUUGGGAACACAGCGCUGCACAUGGCCUGCUAUGCUGGUCAGGAGGCAGUAGCCAACGUGCUGGUCAACCGGGGGGCCAACGUGAAUCAGCCGAACCUCCGGGGCUGCAGCCCCCUCCACCUGGCUGCUGUUUCCACCAACGGGGCUUUGUGCCUGGAGCUCCUGGUCAACAAUGGAGCUGAUGUCAACAUGCAGAACAAAGAAGGGAAAAGCCCCCUGCACAUGGCAGCCAUUCAUGGACGCUUUACCCGUUCCCAGAUCCUCAUACAGAAUGGUGCGGAGAUUGACUGCGUGGAUAAGUUUGGCAAUACCCCUCUUCACAUUGCUGCUAAGUAUGGCUAUGAGCUGUUGAUUAGCACCCUGAUGACCAACGGUGCCGAUACAGCCCGACAGGGGGUCCGUGGGAUGUUCCCCCUGCACUUGGCCGUCCUCUACGGGUUUUCAGACUGUUGUCGCAAGUUGCUUUCCUCAGGUCAGUUGUACAGCAUUGUGUCGUCUCUGAGCAAUGAUCAGGUGCUGUCAGCCGGAUUCGACAUAAACACCCCAGACAAUCUUGGGAGGACCUGUCUACACGCUGCUGCAUCCGGAGGAAAUGUUGAAUGUCUUAACUUGCUGUUGAGCAGCGGUGCUGACAUGAGUAAGAAGGACAAGUUUGGAAGAACUCCACUGCACUACGCCUCAGCCAACGCAAACUACCAGUGCACAGUGACCCUGGUGACCGCUGGUGCCGAGGUCAACGCGGCCGACAGCAAAGGCUGCACCCCUCUGCACUACUCCGCUGCAUCUCAGACCUUCCGCCGAGUGGACAGACAUUACUCUGGGGAGAAGGAGCACUGUGCGAAGGAGACCUUUUUCUGCUUGGAGUAUUUACUGGACAACGGUGCCGACCCGACACUGCGAAAUAGCAGCGGUUACAGUCCUGUUCACUAUGCAGCUGCCUUCGGCAACAAGCAAAAUAUCGAACUGCUGUUGGAAAUGUCUUUCAACUCUCUGGGAGAUGUGGAGAGCAGCUUUCCUGUUAGUCCUUUGCACUUGGCGGCGUAUAACGGUCACUGUGAAGCGGUGCAUGUGCUGGCGGAGACGCUGGUCAGCCUGGACGGGCGCGAUGCAGCCGGCCGCACUGCGCUCUACCUGGCCGCCCAGAGGGGGCACUGUCGCUGCGUGGAGGUGCUGCUAGCCCACGGAGCCUCCUGCCUCGUCAGGGAUCGCCGCCGCAAGUGGACCCCCCUGCACGCUGCAGCGGCCGGCGGCCACGCCACGUGCCUGAUGCGGCUGCUCAGCAGCCGGGAGAAACCAGACAUGGUGGACGUCACGGACGCCCUGGGACAGACGCCCCUGAUGCUGGCCGUGCUGGGUGGCCACCUCGACUGCGUCUGCCGCCUGCUGGAGAGGGGCGCCCUGCCGGACAUGGCGGACAAGGCCGGCCGGACAGCUCUGCACCGGGGGGCGGCCUUGGGCCGCGGUGACUGUGUAUCGGCCCUGCUGGAGCACGAGGCCUACACCCUGUGCCGGGACGCCCGGGGCCGCCCCCCACUGCACAUGGCUGCCUCCCGCGGCCAUGCAGAAGUCCUGAGCUGCCUGCUGGGGGCUGCUGCCCGCGCUGACCCCCUGGACUGCCUGCUGGACUAUGGGGGCUACAUGCCCUUACACUGGGCCGCGUACCACGGACAUGAAGAUUGUCUGAAAGUUUUACUUGAACGCAACGCAGUCAGCAUCCAGGAGGGGAACUCCUUUACUCCCUUGCACUGUGCCCUGCUAAAUGGCCACGAUGCGGCGGCACGGCUGCUGGUGGAGGCAGUUGGCACAUGGGCUGUGAACGUUCCGGAUGCAGCGGGGAGGACCCCGCUUCACGCCUCCGCCUUUGCAGAGAGCUCGGUGGGGCUGCAGCUGCUCCUGAGCCAUGGUGCCCAGGUUAACGCCGUGGACCGUGUGGGGCGCACAGCCCUGAUGGUGGCGGCGGACAGGGGACACAGUGCGGCCGUGGAGAUCCUAGUGCGGCAGGCAAAGGCUGACCUGAACCUCGCGGACGCAAACGGCAACACAGCCCUGCACCUGGCCUGCGGCAGGGCUCAUGAGAUGUGCGCCCUGCUGAUCCUCUCGGACCUGGAAGACCAGACCCUCAUCAAUGCAGCUAACAGCGCCCUGCAGAUGCCCCUACACAUGGCAGCGCGGAACGGCCUGGCCACCGUGGUGCAGGUGCUGCUGAGCCGAGGGGCAGCCGUGCUGGCAGAGGACAAGGAGGGUCGCACCCCUGCCCUGGCCUGUGCCCCUAACAAAGACGUGGCCAACUGCCUUGCCCUCAUCCUGUCUACCAUGAAGCCUUUCCCCCCCAGAGUGCGUUCGGCCCCCCCACUGGGGGGUGUGAACCUGUUGAAGCACUGCGGCAUCGCAGCAGCCCGUGGCCCCCUGCCCAACGGCGGCCUGAGACACGGCUACAACGGCGGCCGGCGGCGCCGCACCCUGGGGCCUGAUGGCUGCCUCUCUGAGUGAAGCCCCCACCCCCCC